GUAGCAGAAAAAAAGUCAAAGCAGGAAAAUAUAACAUAAGCAGCAUGUAAAUAAAACGUAUCGUCAAAUGGUUGGCUUGCAAUAGUACACGAAAUAUGUUCUGUUCCACAUUCAUUCGGAUCAUUACAUGCAGACCACUUGGAGGAAUUUUACUUCAUCCGUUUUAGUCUUAUUCCGUGCUUGCCGUCACGCUGGUAUUUGUAGUUUUAGURUGUUUGCCACCGAAGCUUUUCCCCUCGGAAGUUACGUCCAUAUUGACUACAUUUCCCAGCGUCCUCCGCGGAUGUGCCACCUCCCGCCUCACCUCCCUCCCACUCUACUGGGCCGCGAGGAAGUCGCAAGAUGGCUGAUGUCGCUUGGAAGUAAUGUUCCCCUUUGCAACAUGAAGCCGUGAGUGUGGAAGAAAGCGAGGGAGGCACCAUCGGGCUUUUAUUUUUGUUUUCUUUUAGUUACUUUUAUUUUAUUUCGUCAAACAUCCAUUUCAUUCCGCGUCGUGUCCGCUCCGGACUUGUCUUCGGGAGUUGACGCGUCAAAUCACGCCGGGGACCCUGCCAGAGUAGCUAAAGUAAGGGCUAGCAACUGUUAGCAAAUAGUAGUGCGGCUAGCCAGUCAACCCAGGCACACUUCUUAACAUUUUGAUUUUAAUCGAUAUUCUGCCACUACCGAACCAACCACCCACCCCGAGACAAGUGCAACCAUUUCACGGACGUGCAGCACAAACGUGGCUAGCAAAACCCGGCUGUCAUUUCAAAAAGGACCGAAUUUCAAGGUUUUAACAUUAUGUUCGCAAACUGGCCAUCCACUAGCCUGUGGGUUGCUAACUAAUGCGCAGUACUGCAUCUGUUAAUGUGCACUAAACCCGCAGGAGAACUAUCCCGGCAACAUUUAGCACCCAUCUGCAUGCCCGUUACUUGCUGUCAGCUCAACAUUUGGAGGAUAGUUGUGUUGCGGCCAUAAUUAUGGAAGUAGAAAAUCUGCUGAACUUUUUCUGGUAGUAGAUGGUAUCACUGGCCUUGCUGGCAGCGCACCAACAACCCACAGGGAUGGACACUAAACUGAGCAGGCACGACUAUAAUUGAGAUAUYUCCAUUCGGGUUAUUCAGCAUCGGCUCGGUGACAAACAGGUUGUGUGAACWGCGCGAACUAAAACUACACUUUGUCACUACAGGAGACCAGUUAGCUUACCUGGUCUCGCGCCACAACACAUUACAAACACGGCGUACAGAACGUACUCAGAAGCGCCCAGCCAGACCCACAGGCUCAACAACACCGUCAUGGGAGUGCAGGGCUUUCAAGAAUACUUAGAGAAGCGGUGCCCCGGGGCCGCGGUCCCCGUGGACCUCCUAAAGCUCGCUCGCACGGCGGCCCGCCAGCCCCCUCACCAUCAUCACCCACACCACCACCCACACCAUCCCGGGCCCAUGCCUCCCCCGCCUCCGCCUGCAAGGAUCCUCAUCGACGCUGACUCCAGCCUGCAGCGGCUGUACGGCGGCUACCAGACGGACUGGGUGUGCGGCGGCGAGUGGAACGCCAUGUUGGGCUACCUGGCCGCCCUGUCGCAGGCCUGCCUGUACCAGGGUGGCCUGGAGCUCGUCGUGGUUUUCAACGGCACUCUGGGGAAGGAGCGCUGGCCUGAGUGGGCGCGGCGAGCUCAGGGCCAGCGGCAGACGGCGCAGCUGAUAGUCAACCACGUCGGCAGCAAGGCCACCCCGCCUCCCCGGGCAUGGUUCCUGCCCCCGGCCUGCCUCAGCCACUGCGUCCGCCUCGCCAUGUUCCGCUUCCGAGUGCGGGUUGUACAGACUUUGGAGGACCACCACCAGGAAGUGCUGUCUCUCUACAGGGACUUUGGAUUCUCCGGCUUGAUAGCUCAAGACUCUGAGUUUGCCCUCUGCAACGUUCCCGCCUAUUUCUCCUCGCACGCACUCAAACUGAGCUGGAACGGCAAGAACCUGACCACGCAUCAGUAUCUGCUGUCUGAGGCUGCCAGGCAGCUUGGGCUGAAAACACAGCACCUGCCACUUUUUGCUGCUCUGCUGGGAAAUCAUAUUCUGCCUGAUGAGGACCUGGCUGCCUUCCACUGGAGUCUGCUGGGACCAGAACACCCACUUGCUUCCCUCAAGGCAUUCAGUCCAUCCCUCCUCAAGGAGGUAAGCUGGAGAUAGCCGGCAUGGUGGUUGGCCAGUGGGCGGGGAACAAACCUGUCCAUGGCAGGGGAGGCUUCAACAUGCAGGUGGUGUCAGUGGGAGCAGGAAAAGGAAGGGGAAAGGAGAUUCCAGCAAAAGUGAAGGGUGGGAAAAAGGUAGCUGCCAACAGAACACAGACAUCACCCCCACCAUCCAGUAGUCCCACCAAGCCCCCAGAGGAGGUGGGCUCCACGCCAGAGAUUACAACUCAGCAGCUGAACGGCAGCUCAUCAGCCUCUGCCAUCGACCAGCCCCUGGAGCUGGCCCCUCUGGCCCAGCCAAUCUCAUGUGCCUUAGCCAGCAGAGACAACCAAUCAGAGGGGUUGGAAGUGGAGGCCCCUUGUUGCCUUGACGACUGCCCGUCAGAUGAAGCGCUACAAAAGGAGGAGUGAUGGCAUUCUUCCCAGGAUGCACUGCUCUCAGAGAGUUGUUUGUGUUCGACUGCCUUUCCCCAAGAUUUAUUUUGUUUUUUUGCCCCGUCUGCUAACUUCACGCUAAAUCCCAUGAAGCAGGAAGUGAAGCGACGGCUCCUCGCUCCACUUCCUGCUCCAUCUGAUCGACUGAAGCAGUUAGCUGUUGCUCCCCUUAUUUUACUCAUGUGGUUUUACAUUUGUUUCAUAACGAAGAGUUUCCUCCAUGAGUUCAUAAGCGCCCCACCCCUUUUAAAAAAAGAAUCCCAGAUGUCACUUUUCUUGCACUCAGAGCGAAAUAGGCUUGAAGUUUUGUCCCGUGUCACAGCCCACCCCUUAAACGAGCCCUCUAGCCCCCUCAGCAGGGAUAUCUGUACAGCUCAAGGUUUUUAGUUGUUUUUAAUGGUCCCAUUGUUUGAAUCUCCACGACUAUGGCGACUGAUGGGAGGCGGUUACAGCGUGGAGUUGGUGAGGUUUGUUGCCAUAGCCUUAGAGAGGUUUGAAGUGAGAGUUUCAACACAGUGGUGUACCGUUCUGUGCAGUGAACCCCCCACACCCCCACCUUACCAUACACACACACUGUUGGAAUGUGUGCUGGCGCAAACCCCUCCACUUUAUAGAUUAAUUGGUUACCUAUCACUGGAGCACCACCAUGGUUAUAGUGUGCUGUCUUAUUUUGACCUAUGUAGCAUAGCCUAGUCCUUAGAUGUGCUAAGAACCCCAUAAAUUUAUGCACCUUAAGCCCUGAAGUAUGCAAGAUUGUCCUUUCCCCUUUGUCCUUUUGUCCCAAAGCUUUGAUUGUAUUAACCCAGCAGAAGCACUUAAUGUUGUAUUUAAAAUACGAUGAGACUAAAUAUGCCCCUAUAUACAGUUGGAAUAACAUUCUGCCUGCUCCGAAGUAAAUCUUUAUGACAUGUAGGACUACAUUUAAAGGUAGAGAUCUAUUUGAGAGACGUCAGAAUGUGAACAGAGUGGUUUCAAACAAAGAAGCACUUUGUUUUAAAAAAAAAUUCAACCACACUGGACAGUCCUCUACCAAGUGAAAAAGAUAUUUAAAAAAAAAAGAAUAAGAAAAACAAGGCACCUUCUUGACUCGAGGCCAAAAAGAAUAAAACUAAAUGCUGCCCGGUGACAGAGGUGGAAAGGAAGUUCUGAGCAACCGAUGCCUAAAUCAUUCGGUUAAGAACUUUACAACGAAGCUACAGCGGGGGGUUUUGGUCGUUCGGGUCAAAGACUCCUGGAAGUUUAUCAGAUUUUCAAUAUGUUCUUUCCAAAGCGUAUGUCAAUAAUGCACCGCUGUCCAUCUGCGGCAGCGCGUCAUGACAAACUGAUGCGACGGCAGAGCCCCCAUAACUUGAACCCGUUGGCCCAGAGCUGCUGCCAUGCAGAGCCUGGAGCGGGUCCAUGUAGACCAGCAGGAAGCCUUUCUGCUCUAAAGUCCAUACCUGUGGCACACCACGGGAGUGUGCCACUCACAGCCUGGGGCAUCUGACGUUAUUGACAUGUUUCUAGAGCACUUAUGUAUGUAGACAAUGAAUUGUGCCACCCCACCACCACCCCACAGUGGGUGUUAUCUAACAAGAGAUAUUUAAAUAAACCUGGUAGCACAGCUGCAAAUCUAAAAGCAGUAAAGUGACAGAUCUCAGACCUUUAAUCAUUCUAAGAAAGGCUGAAAUUGACUGCUUACACACAAAAAGGCAAGUCCACUAGAAGCACCUUAUUUUCUUACUAUGUUGGUGACUUGUGCUCUAUCAUGUGCCACAGAAUUGACAGAAAAAGCUCCUCUGAAAAGCAAAACAACAACCCUGACACCGUUCGUGUUAAUGUAGUCACUUUAAAAAUCUUUCUUUAUUCGUUGAGCUCAACAGUUAAUGACACGUCGACCCAUCGACUGCCACACGUGUAGACGUUACGAGGCUGGACCGCAUCGCCAUCGAUUACAUCGACACCAAACGAGACCAGAGGUUCAGACCCGUUUCGCUGUUGCCGUCAGGUGCAGCGCACGUUGUAGGGUCUGGGGUUUAACACAGGACUUUAAAACACUGACACCGAGACUAGACGACAGAGUUUAGCUCUACUGGCCGAAAUACUAAGUCUAGGAUUACUAGGAGUCAUAUACUCAACYGUUUCAAUUUUUGACAUUAGUUCAAAUAACAUGGAUUGCAACAAAAAUAUUGUGGCAAAAAAAAAAAAGAAGAAGAAGAUGGCUUUUUCAGCGGCGAGCCAGAGCAUGAUCCUGUGUGAUGCCCUCUCUCGAUUCGCUCGCUGGAUGACAAUUAAAACACUCUGACACACACACACACACAAACAACACCCAGACAGAUAUCAGUUGUAUUUGUUACCAGCAGCAUUCUCUCUGCUUUUGUGCUGAAGUGAUGAUUUUAUUUUAAUUUUUUUGUGCAGUUUCAGUUCAGUCAAGUGAUUGUCCGUUCAUCAGAGAUCAUUUGGUAACACGUUCUACUGACUGUAAUCCCACAGCGUCAGGUUUGCAUUGAAGGUUUAUGGAAAAGGAGACACCUCGCGUGUCAGGCAUGCAAACACACACACACACACCACACACUAAUACAGACAUGCAGAUACAUCAGUGGUAAAUCCAGAGUUACACAGUAGCUAGUUUGGAGAAAAUAUAUUCAACACAACACAUGAUGUAGUGUCCCUCUUUGUCCUUGUCUGUUUUAGUUCARUAGGUAUUGAUCAGUGAUUUUUCUACUUGUUCUAUCGGUUUCUCCCCCGUUAACCAUGUUUUCUCUCACCUCCCUCUUUGUUCACUUCUUUUCUUUACCCUCAAAACCUCCUCGCUCCCUUAUAGAUGUCAAACAUCCUYCCACACACACACAGUCCACACUCACAGGCACUCGUUAAAGUAGCCACACACAUGAAUAUAAUACACACAGAUGACCCCCCCCACACCCCCCUCUCAACCCCUUUACUUCUUUCUCUGCCCCUCCGUUAGCCCUUUAGGACCGUUUUUUUAUUGGCCGUUCUUUUUUCUUCUCUUUUCUCUGGGCUGCCCCGCCCCUUAAUCAACCCAACUAACAGUAAAGGUUAUAUUAACGUUGAUAAUCAGUUUCUAUAUGUAUCUAGCCAGAGUGAUUAAAAAAAACGUAAAAACGAAAAAAAAUCAAAACCGUUUUAUUCAAUUGUGCAAAUGUGUUUUCUUACUAUUUUAAUGUUAUUUCAUCUAAUCUUAACCUUCUACCAUCGCUUCAGUUAGUACUGAAACAUUUAGCCAACCUAGAGAUUUGAACUGUAACGAUCGCCGUUCUCAUCUGUACUUUAAAUGGCAUCUUUAGACCACUUCACCGUUUCUCUUGUAUGAACAAAUAAUCGCCCGUUGUUUUGUUUUUUUCUCCCCCCAAUUUGAAAAAUCGUCUGCACUAUGUUCGAUUCUCACAAUAUUCCUGACAACGAUUUCUCUCAUCAAGUCUAAGCUGAACUCUGCGCCCUUGCACAAAGCAGCAAAGCAUGUCUUUUUGAACAUCUGAGAACCAAAGUACACCCUCGCCCACCCACAAUCGUCCCAACAUUAAGAAUUAACCCCCUCCACAUCCACCGCCUCCUCUAUAAGUAACGAGUUUACUGAUUAGUAUGAUUUUAUAUAUAGCUAUUCCAUUGCAGCACGUGAUUUCUUCGACAAGUCAGUGAGGUAACGGUGGCAGUCGCAGAGAYGCAGACGGACAGGGAUCGAGCCGGCGGUUUGGACCGCAGAGCCGCUGUGGGUGAAUCCGUGUCUCUGCUCGCUGAAUUCUAGGCUGUGAGUCGCUGCGCUUUUACAGCAAAUCUACAGAAAAACAGGACGGAAUGGUAGGAAAGCCUCCGGUCAUGCUGGGGUUUGUGGCACUUUAUGUAUCUUUUCAUACUUCUAACUUGUUCUGCUCUCUCCAAGUGUCCUCGUGUUGGCAGGCCCAGAGGCCGGGUCUUCCUUCCUGCACACAUCUGGGCUUAUUGAAGCCUUCGUGGAGAUUUCACACAACAUACACAGUUGAAAUGGUCUGUUUUAAGUUUGUUUUUGCUAAAUUUACCUCAAAAAUCUAACGUAUAUUUUACAAACUGCUGGUGUUUUUGACGUGAGUUAAUGGCUGUUAGUUGCACUCGGCCGUGAAAAGGUUUGGCCUAAUUUUAACUUUUUACGUCCCAUCAAAACAAAAAUCCACCAGUAMGAAUCUGAAACGACUCAAUAUGGUGUUGGAAGGAAGAUCCACUCUCCUUCAGUUAAAACCUGGCCUGCAUGAGAGAGGAGAGUCUGUAAAGAGCUGGACUGUGACUAGAACCAAGUCCCAGAACAAAAGUGUUUCAUGUAGAUGUGUGGAAGUGAAGCAGUAUUACUGUCAAACAGAACCACUGGAUCUGUUGGACCUGUUGAUUCUCACUGCAUCAUGUCAGGGUUGAUUGAAGGUCCCUUAUUUCUGUCUGUCUCUCUUUACACUGCCACUCCCCUCCUCUCAGCAGACCCCCCCCCCUACACACACACCAUCAUACCCACCCCUCCUCACAUGCCUCGGUCCCGUUCACGCUGAUUAUCACAAACCAAUUUCUUUCACUUUGGCCCAUUUUCAGCAGCGUCCUGAUGCACAAGUACUUUUAAAAACCCAAAUCAACCCGUGCAGCGUUAAAGGGUUCAAAUCUUUCCAUAAUAUAAUUGUUAUAGAAAUAUUAUCAUCAUUAUUGUUGUUAUAAUUAUGGUUGGUAUAAUUUGUCAUUGUUAGCAUUAUGAAAGCACCAAAGGGUCUGUGGAAAGGUGAAACAACGAAAGUUUUGUUUUUCAUUUUUAAUUUGUCUGGCUGUUGAUGGUCUGAUCUCACAGAGAGAGGGGAGGAAAGGUUCAGGAAGAGACAAAGAUGGCAGUCAUGUUUGUACUGGUUGGGAAAUGACUUACAGUGCUGAAAUAAAAUUUAUUCUUUUAGUAAAAAAAUA